CAGUCCAAACACUCCGCAGCGUCAGACCGCACCACAACCAACCGCGCACCAUGCGUCGUCUCGGCCACUUCCCCCUCCUCGCCGCCGUCCUCCUCGCGGUGGUCCCGCACCCGGCCCACCCGCUCACCGAGCUCGAGACCUCCCAAAUCCGGCGCUUCCAGGACUACCUCCGCAUCUGCACCGCCCACCCCGCCCCGGACUACGCCGGCGCCGCCGCGUUCCUCCUCCCCUACGCCGCGUCACUCGGCCUCAGCUCCAAGACGCUCCACUUCAGCCCCUGCAAGUCAAAGCCGCUCCUCCUCCUCACCUGGCCGGGCACGGACCCGUCGCUCCCCUCCAUCCUCCUCAACUCCCACCUCGACUCCGUGCCCGCGGAGCCCGCGGCCCGCCGGGGCCUCCAGGCCGCGUGCUGCGCGCCCGCACGCCCCGUCCACGUCUCGCUCGUCCCCGACGAGGAGAUCGGCGGCGAGGACGGCCACGAGAAGUUCGUCCAGUCGGAGGAGUUCCGCGCCCUCAAUGUCGGGUUCAUGCUCGACGAGGGGCAGGCCUCGCUCACGGAUGUUUACAGGGUUUUCUACGCGGAUAGGCUGGUGUGGAAGCUGAUCGUCAAGGCCACGGGGGCUCCCGGGCAUGGGUCGAAGCUGUUCGAUGGGGCCGCCGUGGAGAAUCUGAUGGAUUGCAUUGAGACCGUGGCUGGAUACAGGGAUGCACAGUUCGAGAAGGUGAAGUCGGGCAAGUACGGUCCCGGAGAGGUGGUGUCCGUGAAUCCUGUCUACAUGAAUGCCGGCACGCCAAGCCCCACUGGCUUUGUGAUGAAUAUGCAACCUUCAGAAGCAGAGGUGGGUUUUGAUCUCCGCCUUCCUCCAACCGAAGAUAUUGAACAGAUCGAAAGAAGAAUCAAAGAAGAAUGGGCACCAGCUCAUAAGAACUUGACUUACCAGCUGAUGAAGAAAGGACCAGUGAGGGAUGUUACAGGACGUCCCUUACUUACACCAGCCAAUGAGUCAAACCCAUGGUGGUCUGUAUUUGAACAGGCUAUUAUCUCGUCGGGUGGAAAACUAGCAAAGCCUGAGAUCUUAUCUUCAACCACGGACGCCCGAUUCGUGAGGCAGAUGGGUGUUCCAGCCCUUGGAUUUUCUCCAAUGAUAAAUACUCCAAUUUUACUUCACGAUCAUAAUGAGUUUCUGGAGGACAAAGUGUUCCUGGGGGGCAUCGAAGUGUAUGAACAUCUUAUUAGGGCGCUAAGCUCCUUCAAAGGCUGAUUCAAAAUAGACACAUAAAUUCUACCAUUGUUGUACUCCCGUCACAUGUAAAUUGAAUGUAGCAAGAGAACUCGGACGCCCACAACUAUCAUGCUCCAACCUACAGUUAGAUUGGUUCGGGCUCAACCACAUAAUCUGCGGAUAAUGGAAAUCUGCGGAUGAUGAUCUCUGAAAUAAUGGAAAUCUGCAGAUGAUGAUCUCGGCGCAGGUUAAAUUUGUAUGUAAUGUAAAUACAGAGUUACGAACUGUAACAAAGUCGAUGUGUAAGGUCUACGGUUGAAACGAUAUUUCUCCAUUUA